AUGAAGAAACCAGAGGUUGAUACCAACACUAUUGUCAAAUCUAUCAAGCAAAGAUUCUCAAGCGUUUUUGAACAAUGCAUUGGUAACACACCCAACUUUACAUGCUCUUUAAAACUAAAGGAUAAUUCAAGACCUGUGUACUUAAAACCCAGACCAGUACCUCAUGCUCUUCGAGAAGCUGUUGAGAAUGAACUAGAUAAACUUGAAAAAGAAGACGUAAUAGAGAAAGUGGAUCAAUCUGAGUGGGGAACACCGAUUGUUGUGAUUCCAAAAGCAAAUGGAGCGGUCCGUAUUUGCGCGGAUUACAAGGUAACUGUGAACCAACAACUACAUGACAGUCGUUAUCGAAUACCAAGAAUAGAGGAUAUCCUUAAUAAAAUGAGAAAUGGAAACUAUUUUUGCACUUUAGACAUUUACAAGGUUUAUUUACAUCUUUCAGUGGACUCUGAAAGUUCUAAGAUCCAGACAAUUACCACACAUAAGGGUACAUAUCUAGCAAAAAGACUGUUUUUCGGAAUUAAGACUGCCCCAAAUGAAUUUCAUAAAUUUAUUGACCAAGUCGUACAAAAUCUUGAAGGGACAGUGGCUUAUUUUGAUGAUAUUGUUGUACAAGGAUGCACUUUUGAAGAAUGCAAAUCCAGGCUCAUAAAGGUCUUAGAAAAAUUGGAACAACACAAUCUACAUGUGAAUGUUGAAAAAUUCAAAUUUUUUGAGAGAAAGGUGCAGUAUCUGGGUCAUAUCAUCAGCAAAGACGGUAUCCAGAAAUCACCAGAAAAGGUGAGGGCAAUCCAGGAUGCUCCCCGUCCAACAAAUAUCACAGGAGUGCGUCAAUUCCUUGGACUAGUACAGUACUAUUCAAAGUUCAUCAAAGAUGCAUCUACACUGCUAAAUCCCUUACAUCAGCUUCUAAGGAAAGAAAAACGUUUUCACUGGUCCCAGGAAUGUGAAAAAGCUUUUAAUUGUGUUAAAGAAGAGAUAGCAAGUGACACAGUCCUUACUCCAUACAACCCAGACUUACCCGUGAUACUUGCUACAGAUGCUAGACCUGUUGGCUUAUCAGCUGUGCUGUCUCAUAAAAUGCCAAAUAAUGAAGAGAGGCCUAUUGUAUUUCCCAGCAGAUCCCUCACUGCUGCAGAGAGCAACUAUAGCCAAUUGGACAGAGAAGCAACUGCUGUAUAUUGGGGGUGUAAAAAAAUGUUCGAUUAUAUAUACGGAAGGAAGUUUACUCUUGCCAUUGACAACAAACCACUGAUGACCAUAUUUCAUCCAGACAAGAAACUACCAUUGUUGACUUCAUCCAGGAUGCUUAGAUAUGCUCAUUUUCUUUCAGGAUUUGAUUAUGAGAUCGUACAUAAAAAAUCAAACGACCACUGUAAUGCAGAUUACCUCUCAAGACAUCCCUUGCCAAUAAAAGAAGAGAAUAUAAAUGUGGUUGACGAAGAUUACACUGUUCGAAGAGAGACAAUACACUGCAUAGCAACCGAUACAAUCAUGGCUAAAGACAUAGAAAAAGAAACAUCACUUGACGAAGAACUCUCUCGCUUAAAGGAAAAGCUCCUAAACGGAGAAGUCGCUGACCCAGAAAUAUCACUUCAAGACGGAAUUAUUUUUAGAGGAAAUCGUGUUAUCAUUCCAGAAAAGCUACAACCUAAAAUCCUCCAAGAAUUACACUCAACACACGUAGGAAUAGUGCGGUUGAAGAGUCUGGCAAGAAACUACUGUUACUGGAAAAACAUUGAUACGGAUAUUGAGAGUAUGGUGGCAAGUUCUCACCCCAACAUCUUCAACUUUUUACAUACCUUGAAGGAAGCUCAAAUAGACACAUACAUUGGUUUGAACAGCGUUAAGGGGAGAGAAGGAACGUGGAGGAAAAAGAAGACUGUUGCAAUGAAAGACUUCAUUGACAAAAAACUAGAUUCUCUUUCAAAAGGGGAGAUUGACCAGAGACAGCGAAACACCUCAGGCCUUCCUCCUACUGAUGAAUGGGCAUUGAUAGCUAUACAAACACUAGCCGUAAUCCUGUUAGACAAAUUACAAAGGGGCUGCCGACGGGACCAGUGGAAGUGCGGAUUAAGAGACCUUACUUGA